AUGAAAACAAUUAUCAUAAUAACACUUAUUUUCGUUUGCCUUUCUAAAAAUGCUAAUGUAACAAGAGAGUUAGAAAUAGGAGUUAUUUAAUUUGAGGAAGCCAAAGGAUCAUAAAUUUAUAAUCAAGUAUUUUCCUAUUAAAUCCCAGCUAGUCCGAUUUGAUACUCCAUUCGCAAAACUUCCUUAAGUGGCUUUGGCCUUGGUAGAACAUACAUCUACAACAGCUCUAUUUGCAAAAGUGAAAAACAUAACCCAGCAUGAUUUCAUCAUCCAAUUUUUUAGUGCUGUCACUUUGAAUGCAACUUACAGAUAUUUAGCAACUACAGAUGCAGAUGUUUACAUCAACUGUUCAAAUUUCAGAGCUACCCAACAAGCUAUAUUUAGAUACCCUUAACUCUAGUCAAAUGUAGAAGCCAUGGCUUUUCUUGUUGGUUAUCAUCAUAAUGGAUUUGUUAAUAUUUCUAUAGAUUAGAGCAACAAUCUAGCAAAGUUAUAAAUUAAUACAAAUGAUGUAUAAUCAACAGCCAUAGGGAUGUGUUUGAUUGUUGGAAGCAAUCUUAGAUUUGGUGAUGAGGCAGAUACUCCAAAAUUUAGUGGAAGAGUAAGCAGUCAAGGAUAGACAAGGUCAUUGUCAUUCGUAGCAAGUAUUUUAAAAAUAUUAUUUAUUGAGGUUUAAUAAAGUAGUGAACAAGCAAAAGAGAAAAAUAGAGAAACGUUAACUGAUUUGGUAAAAAUUGUAAUUAACUAAAGAAAACCUUUUUUGAUAAAGACUAAAUAGUGGAAGCACCAUCAUAGAGUAGCGAAUAGUUUAUUGAAGUUCCAGAAAGAGAGUCAAUAAAUGAUCAAAAUUUGAAUUAAUUAGAUGUGCAGGAAGUUUCAGAAUCUUAAGAUGAAGAAGAAAUCUAAGAGUUCGAAUAGGAAAUAUAAGAUGAUACAAUUUAAGAAGAGAAUUCUGAUGAUGACAUUAGUGAAGAGGAAGAUGAUGAAUACUUUUGGAGCUCAAAAGAUAAGCAAUAGUAAUAAUCUAAUGUUGAUUUUGAAUUAUAAUUAACUUUGCUUCAAGAUGCUUUAAAAAAGAAACCUUAGAUUUAAUAAUAAACUAUUAAAGAAAUAAUUAAAAAUUCUCCUGGUAAUUAGAAAGAAAAGAAAUAAAAAUAGUCUAUAAAAAAAUAAAAAGAAACAACUUAGAAGCAUAAUACUCAAGAACCAAUUGAAUAAACAAAUUACACUAAUGAAACUCUUAAUACUUAAAUAUUGAAUAAUGAAGAAAUUGAUAUGCAACUGUAAUAAAAAGAAUCCCAUGUGAGAUCAUUAAAAAAAGCAUUAAAAUUAGUGGAUACAGUUAAAGAAAAGGAAUUGGAAAUUCUAUUUCCCUAAAUUGAAAACCAAAAAGAAUAAUUAAAUAAUCAAGUAUUGAAUGAUGUUAAGGUUGAUAAUAAAAUUUAGGAGGACCCAGAAUUGCCAAAACUAAUUGGAUAUAAAAGUCCAUUGAUUGAUGAUAUUCCAAAAAUGGAAGAAAUUAUUCAGGUGAAAUAAAAGGAAAAGAAGUUUACAUAGAAGCUUGAUGGUUACAUGCAGAGUUUUUCAUAAGAUACUUUUACUUAGAAAGUCCAAAAAAAAAAGGAAGAGGAUUAAAUUAAAUAGAUUGAAUCUAUAGAGAAAGAAACAAUAUAGUAUGAAUAGGCACAAUUAAUUCAACUUAAGGGUCAGUCUCAUUCAGCUAAAGUUGUUUAUGAAGCUUCUGAAGAAUCUCUAAGAAAAUUUGAGGAAGAUUUUGAAAGAAGAAAAUGUACAUUUUUAUAUUUAAGAUAGAGGAAAAAAUGAAAGAAAUUAAAUAACAAUUAAUUCCAGAGAAUAAGCCAACUAAAAUUAAAUUUUUGUCUUUAGCUUAAGAGGACGAAUAGCUGAAAUCAUAUAAGGAUUUCUUUUACAAUUGA